AGGUUUGUUUUUUUUUUUAAUAGGCACAUAUCCGUUUGUGACUUCAUCAAACUGCACAGUUGGUGGAGUUUGCACAGGUCUGGGCAUGCCACCACAGAAUGUUGGGGAAGUGUAUGGAGUUGUGAAAGCAUAUACAACUAGAGUUGGAAUUGGUGCCUUUCCUACAGAACAAGAUAAUGAAAUUGGAGAAUUGCUGCAAAUGCGGGGUAAAGAGUUUGGUGUUACCACUGGUAGAAAGAGAAGAUGCGGCUGGCUGGACCUCGUGCAACUCCGAUAUGCCUACAUGAUUAAUGGCUUUACUGCAUUGGCUCUUACCAAAUUGGAUAUCUUGGAUGUAUUUCCAGAAAUCAAAGUUGGUGUUGCAUACAAAUUAGAUGGUGAAGUCAUACCUCAUUUUCCAGCCAACCAUGAAGUCUUAAGUAAAGUAGAGGUAAAGUAUGAGACACUCCCAGGAUGGGAUACAGACAUAUCAAAUGCAAGGACAUUCGAUGAGUUGCCUGUAAAUGCACAGAACUAUGUUCGUUUUAUAGAAAUGGAAUUAGGUGUUCCUGUUAAAUGGAUUGGAGUAGGGAAGUCCAGGGAAUCAAUGAUCCAGCUGUUUUAAAGAUUUCAGAUGCAUGGAAGAAAGCACACUCCUCAAAAGACUGCUCAUUCCUAAAUGCAUUAGUAGCCCGCAAAGCAAAGACGUUGGAAAGAUAGAUUUUUUUGCAUGGAAAGAAAUGCUAGAGUUGAUAUCCUUAAAUCAAUUGCUACUCCUGAAAGAGACUUUAACUUGAACCUGUAUCUGUUCUUAUUCAACUGCAAAUUCCAGGACAUCUGUUAUUUGUUCAAGGUGCCAUCAAUUUUUUUUUUUCUUUUCCUAAUAUUAGUUCAUAAUGUAAUUCCUGUCUGGAAAUCUAAGGUAUCGUUACUUCAUGACUGUUUGUUAUCCUCUCUCUGCUUUUGGCGGUGUUACUUCCCUGAAAUUUUAGACAGUAAAAAUAAUGCAGUUUUGCACAGAUAGUUUUACAUCCUCAUUAUUUGUAUUCCUUAUGGCUGCUCUUGUGAGUGAUUAAAGAGAGGGAUUCUGAUUUUGUAAUGCUAUAAAUGCUGUCUAAAUUAUUGUGUGAUCUGUUUUUUUAAAAAAAGGUGUGAUGCCAAGUUUUUUUUUUAGCUGUAUAGCACAGAAAACUGAACUCUUUGUAACUCACAGAGGACACUCAAGUGUUUACCAGAAAGUGUGCUCGGGAAGUUAGGAAAUUGAUAUUGUAAAAAGUUCAUUUGCAAUUAUUAAAGAACAGUUCUGAUUUUUUGAGUUAAAUGUUUUAUAAUGUUGUUUUUUUAUUAUUACUUUAAAAUCCCUGCACUUACCUACUUCCAAAGCAUGUAUUUCAGCAAACUAUUUCUCUAAUUAAAAAGGGUUAUUUUUGGUGAGAA